UAUUACGCUUUUAAUUUGUGCAGAAAUGUUAUAUAUUACAUCAUAAUAAAACUAUUUGAAUAUUCUAUUACAUCAAAAAUGUCGUUUGCAUCCAACGGUGGUUCUCCAGGUGGAUCCAGCAAUACCGAACCUGAUGAAUAUAAUCUUUAUUUGGGAUUCAUGAUUCCCAUCGGGGCCAUCUUAGCACUGUGUAUUAUUUGUUUACUUGUUAUCAGCUGGCAACUUAUUUGUCCAAAAUGUUCAAGAAAAUUUUGUCCAAAAGUAUUCGCAGAUUCAUUUGGAGUGAGAAGGCGGAUACGAAGUUCAAAUGAAGAGACUGGUGGAGAAACAGAAGCAGGGGAGACAUCAAAUAGAAGGUCAACGAGAACUUCUAUAACAUUGGUGCGACGAUAUAGUGAUUUUCCUCCAAGUUACGAAACGUUAUUGGAGCAACCUCCUUCUUACGAUUCAGUAGUAAUCAUUGAAGAAGAAACCUCAACAACUGGUCGUGGUGAUAGCCGACGAAAUUCAGCAGUUCGAACGUAUGUUUAUGAUCCUAUGAGGAGGGUUUCUAUUGAGGUUCACGACGAAGACACAAUAAGAGUAGUUGAAGAGUUAUUGUCAAGAAGACGUUCUUCCUCAUAUAGUUCAUUGGAACCGCCCGGUUACGGCCACGUUGUGCGAGUACCAGACAAAUACCCUGCUAUUCAAUGCCCCGCGGCGUCUUGUUCGACGCACGUAAACAUCUGAUCAAGCGAUUUCUGAAUUACUCACUAAAGUCGUAAUUCUCACGAUGAGACACGCUUUGUCCCCGGAAUAUGAUACAAAACCUGUUGCAGCCUUUUGCUGACAAUCAACGCGAAAAAAAUAUGUGACAUGCGUCUUUUACCUCUGAACUCUAGUUCUUGUAUGAAUUGUGUUCUCAUGAGAUAAUAUCUCGAGUUAUUUGUUAUAGUGGAACUUCCCUUAGAUUUAUAUUAUUUGUCCAUUUUAUGGUAUAUAUUGCGAUAUGGGCAAAAUGAUACUUUCAAGCCACGACAGCGUUAAUGUUACUAAAAUAUUCUAGGGUUCCAACGGUUAUGCAGGAAUUAUCCCGGGCGUUGAAACUCCUGAUGUCCCGAGAACAGUGGAAAAUGAGCCAUUGAACAAAGUAUUAUCUUUUUAUCACAAAUUGUAUUACAUAUUUAAUGAAAUAAAUGUUAACAGGCAUAAAGAAAUGUUAUAAAAUCAAUAAAAUGAAAUGUCAUGAUGAA